AGAUAAUGUAGAAGAUAAAAUGAAUAAUGCCAAUGCAGAUGAAAAUAGACAGCUUAUUUUAAGCGGUUUAUUAGAGGAAAAUCAAAAUGGAAAAAUCGGGGUGGAUAAGAAACAUCGGAACAAUGCCAAAAAUAUUGGAAAGAAAAGACAUAAUAAAAACCGUGCUGAUGAAGAUGACCAGGCAGAAAAAAGUCUCAAGAAGCAAUAUAAAGGUAAAACAGAUGAAUUCAAAGCCGAUAAUGAAAAUCGGAAUAAUGCAGAAAGAACAACAAAAGCGACAGCAGACAAAAACCUAGACAGUGAAGAAUGUGGGAAAUACCGAGAUGAAAAUGAUGACGAUGAUACUGAUGAGCUCUUAGAAGAUAUCAUAAUAGAACCUGAAGAAAUGACAGAGGAAACAGCUAGUGGAAUCCAGAUAAAGCCAAAGAAAAUGCAGACGGUUUAUUGGAAACGUACACAUCUCUUUGGGAACAGAAGCACUCUUUAGAAAUGCACUUUGCAAUUUUUAUUAUCGAACAAAGGAAUUAUUCUAGAUGAAAUCUUCUUCAUAAGAAGAUCUUUUUAGCGAUAUGUUGACGCCAG